AAAAGGGCUUGCAGUGAUUUGUAGUUCCUUUUACAACACUGGAGGGAACAGCAACCUGUACACUCCUCAAGGCCAUGAGAUAAUAUAACCCAUGCUUAUUCUCCCAAUGGAAACACCGGCACACGUGGAAAUGGCACAAAGAGAGAUCCUAGAGCAGCGGACUAAAGAUCCAGCGGAGGAGAUCACAGAGGAGAAAUUCCUUAAAGAUCUCUACCUGUUCAUGAGGAAGAGAGAUACUCCCAUAGAGAGGAUCCCCAACCUUGGCUUCAAACAAAUUGAUCUAUUUCUGAUGUUCAAGGUUGUCAGAGCGAUGGGUGGCUACCACCAGGUGAUGGCCCAGCAACUGUGGAAACAGGUGUAUAACUCUCUGGGAGGAAACCCCCGGAGCACGAGCGCAGCCACGUGCACCCGAAGACACUACGAGAAGCUGCUUCUGCCGUACGAGUGUCACCUGACAGGCAUCUUGGUGAACGUGGUGCCCCGUAACCAGCCGAAGCACUUCCACUUCACCAGCUUCAGCAGAGAGGACAGCCCAAGGCCGGCCAAACGCAAACUGACGUCCCUACCUCUGCACCAGAACCCACCUACCCUCCAUUCACACCCUCGUGAGAGUGUCUUCCCUCUGUCGCCCCGCUACCCUCGCUACUAUCACCCAAGCCACGCAGUCCUCCCCCCCUACGUCCCCGUCUCUUCCCCGGUGUUGACACUACACAGCUCCCCACCCCCCAAGCCUUGGUUCCCUUUCCCUACAUCUCACCUGAACCCGAAAGAAAGAGAAAAGGAGCCGCUGGAGCCGCUGGAGCCGCUGGAGCCGCUGGAGGAGCCGCUGGAGGAGCCGCUGGAGCCGCUGGAGCAGCUGCGCUUCCUGGCAGAUCAGUACAAGACCACAUGUAGCCUGUCUGAGCCUUGGGACCUCAGUCCUUUUGGACCUUUGGAUAAAGCACAGAGGCGGGAAACCUACAGCACCCCCGCCUCAUCGUUCAGCCCACCUUCAUCCAGCAAAACCCCAAAGUUUCUGAACAAGCCCUCCCCUCUGUACACUCCUCGUAGCCUGCAGGUGAUGAUAAAUGAUGGAUCUGAGACACAAGAUGGCGAGGCAAGUUUGGGAGAUACAUCAUAUCCAGAGAAAGCUAGAGAGGCAUAUGUCAAUCAAAAAGCUCUAAGAGCCUCAGGCAGCCCCACUGCCCCAACACUGAGGACAGAUGAAGGCGUGUCAACUAUGGCACAAAGGUCCAGCUCUCCAAAAACAGAAGUAACGAUCCGUCCGAAAGAAGAGAGAGAAGGGAGUCCAGAAGUAAGGGAGCUCGAUUUCACUGAUUUACCUCCUGGUCUCCCUCGAGAGAAUGGAGGAAAAAUGGAAAUUGAGGUACCACUGUCUGUGUUUCAUAGCUGGCUCAAGCUGUGUGGGUCCUCAGUCAAGAUGCAUGGACCCCCGCAGGAGGAGCAAAGGAAGUGUCCCGACACGGAGGGGGGCCCUACUAAUAUGGCAUCAAACAUGAAUCACAAACACAGCAACUCCUCAGGUGAAGCUGAGGAUCUGACGCUGACGCGAAGGAAUUUCCCGAGCCCCAACCAGAGUACCAGAAAUCACCACAAAACAAGCCAAGAUCAUUUCACCAACUACAAUCCUCAGCAUUCAGAUAUCCUGAAAAGAGCAGCCAGCCAGGAUGUGUUUGGUCAGCGGGAAAUUAACAAGUCAUCCAGCUCCAGACCCACACAUUGCUGGGAUGCCUUUGACAAAGAGACCCAGGCUUCCACCCUCCCAGUGAAUAUUGACUCUAGUCCCCGCACAGUGCAGCGAGACAAUGCCACCUUCAUAUCCUGUAAUGAAGACACAGUGCAGGGGGGGGGGGAGAAGUCAGACACGGGGUUAGCAGCUAUGCUCACGUUGAAUUCACCCUCUAAUCCUCUGCUGCAGUUCACCACUGAAGAAGUGGAGAAGCUGAAGAAAAUCAUCUCAAGAUCAUUGUGAACAUCAGUCCAGAUGCUCCAACACCACUUUAAAGCUCACAUAUUGUUAUUUCUUAAACUGUAUAUGAUUUGUAUAUAAUAACAUACGUUUUUACUCAAUACUAUGGAAGUUUAAAAAAAACUAACAAUCAUCUGAUGUGUAAUAAUUCAUUCAUAUCAUAAGCAGAGAUAGAUUUGAAGAAAAAUGCCCACUCUUGAAAAAAAUGUCUAAAUGAAUAUAUACUGUCAUUGUAUU